AUGUCUAUGAAUAUCCUGAAUAAAAUAGCGAAUCAAAAGAUCAAUAAACUGAUCCCAGAUGAACUCUUGACGGUACAAUCAUUUGGCAUAUCCAUAUUCAAUGGCCAUGAAUUACCAAACAGACGGAAACUCGACGAGUUCUUGGUCGAUUUUCACGAUGAAUCCUCGACUGGCAUGUUUGACGACGACGCAAUGGAAGCAAACGAUGACGAGGAAGCUGAUUACCAAGACAUAGCGACAAUGCAAGCCAUGAAUGAAAUCAAUUUCAGUCUUGAUGCCAAAUACCGGAAGGUUAUGAAAGCGCAUCAGUUUGAAGGUCUUCAGUUUAUGUGGGAUCGCGUGUAUAAAAAGAAGCAAGGCUGCUUGCUAGCUCAUUCGAUGGGACUUGGUAAAUCACUACAAACAAUCGCUCUAUUGACUACCAUGUAUCAAUAUUUGAAACGAUAUCCAUCCUCCAAGUUUCCAACGGGCAAUCGAGUACUGAUCAUUGCACCGCUCAUUACCUUGACAAAUUGGGUCAACGAGUUUUCGAAAUGGUCAAUUAGUGAUUCGCAAAAUGUCAUAGGAGAAGUGUUUAAUAUAGCAGAGGUUGGAUCUUCGGCUCGUAUGCGAUAUCUGAAAUAUUGGUAUGUGCAGGGAGGUAUCAUGCUUAUCAAUUAUGAUCAAUACCGAGCGUUAUUGAGCAAAAAGGACGAAAAAGGGAAGGAAGACUACUUCAAAAUGUUGGUAAACCCUGGUGCAGAUGUUAUUAUACUGGAUGAAGGACAUCGCAUAAAGAACUCGACAACACACAUAUCCACACUGAUCAAUCAAGUCAGGACUCGUUCCAGGAUUUGUUUGACAGGCUAUCCGCUGCAGAACCACUUGUCUGAAUACUACGAUAUGAUCAAUUUCAUCGCCCCCAACUUGCUUGGAAGUCCCGAUAAGUUCAAAAGCUAUUUCAGCAACAUUAUCGAAAGAUGUUAUGUCGAUUCUAGCAAAAAUACUAAGCAUCAAGCAGCCAUGAAAAUGUACGUUCUUCAAAUCCUCACAGAUUCUGUAACACAUCGACGAAACGAAACAAUACUCUCGCUUGAUUUGCCACCAAAAACAGAAUACGUUGUUCGCUUCAAGAUGAAUUCAGUGCAAUUUGAAGGAUAUCAAGAGCUGAUUAAAGUGAUAUCUGUUGAGGCACCGCUUGUCGGUUUAUUGGCGUUGAGGGCAAUGUGUAAUCAUCCCAAGAUCUUUCAAUCAUUAUUGAAGCAUCGACAGGAAAAAGAGAGAAAUGAAAAACUUAGUAAGGGACGACAGACGCAAGCAGCAACAGAAGAAGGUGAUGACUCUGUUUCAAUCAAUGAAGAUGAGAUAAUGGAAGAAAUUAGUAGUGUACCAGCAGGUGCUGUAGAUGGCGCUUUACAAAAUCAAGAGACCUUUGAUUCAGACAUUGUUGAGGAUAACGAACAAGAUGUGUUUGAGAAAUGGUUGGCUCUUGGUUUCCACUUUGCAAUCGAAUACCUUGAAAAAGCUGAUAUUGAAUCAUGGAAGGCUUCCGGGAAAAUGUCGUUUAUUGUGGAUUUAGUCAAAGAAUGUCAAAUUGUCAAGGAUAAAGUGGUGCUUGUAUCUCAUAGUAUUGCAUGCUUGGAUUAUGUGCAAAAGUUGUUGCCCGUGUUUGGAUCUAAAUUAUGCAGAAUCGAUGGUACAACUCCUGGAUCAGAGCGACAAACUAUAGUAGAUAGAUUUCAGUCCGAUGAAAGUUACAGUGUCAUGCUGCUGUCUGCCAAGGCUGCUGCUAUCGGCAUUAAUCUCACCGCUGCCAACCGUGUUGUGCUCAUAGAUCAAGAUUGGAAUCCUCUCUAUGAUGAACAGAGUAUUGGCCGCAUAUUUCGUUAUGGUCAGACUAAACCAGUGUUUGUGUACAGAUUGAUAACAUCGUCUACCAUUGAAGAAAGAAUCUUUACUCAAAGUAUCCACAAGAGGAGUAUUUCAAGACGAGUCAUUGACAACAAAGCAUCUUUGGCUAUCGCCAAAAACGAUCUUACCAAAUACUACACUUUGCCAUCAGAGGAUAUUGAAUUGAUCUCGUUGGAUGACACAAGUGAAGAUAUCAAAAAGGACGGCAUUUCAUACAAGGUAUUGACUGAAAAUGCUGCAUGUAUCUCUGGAUUUGAAGCGCACGACCAAACCUUGGUUGACGCUAAUGGUGAAACAACCUUGUUUACCAUCAACAAUCCGGACGACAGAGCGGUUGCAAAAGAAGAAGCUCGUUUUCUGCUUCGUGAAUACAAAGAAACCCAACGCAAGUAG